UCUACAUGGUCCAAGUGGAGGAAGACAAAAUUUUCUUCAAAUAUGCCAAGUGGGUAGUAACAGCCUUUGCUGUGAUCUCCACCAUAGUUGCCACUGCUGGAGCAGCAUCUCCUUUGGUAGCCGUUCUAGUAGCAAAUGGAGUUGUAGAAGUGGUUGGGCUCUCCACUGCAGCACUCCUUGCAAUUACUUCAGCAGCUGCAACCAUUUCUGGGAUUUCAUAUGCUAGUACUGCAGCUGGUUGGGCAUUGAGCACUGUCAUCUUCUUCCAGGACAAGUUAAGAGAUGAAGGCUACGUUAAGAUUUUUCCAGGUGAAAAACAUAAGUUCCAGGUGAUUGGGAAUGGACCAUUUGGCUGGAGGCAAGCCAGUUGUCGCAGGAUCCGUGUCAACCCUUAUAACAAAGAAGAGGUGGUCAUGGACACAGUUUAUAUGAGGCCAAUCUUUUCAGGGGCUUUGCCAUUCACUACCCGUGAGCAUAACAUCCAAUACUGGAUUGAUAAAUGGGGGCACGAAGACUAUACUGUAAUGCGUUUAAGCCAGGAGAGUCGUAAAGCUAUUUGAUCGCCUGUGACCUCAGAUGAAGAGUACUAUUACUAGUAUAUUAUUUAUUAUUUAGUAGUAACAGAUAGAACAUAACACUCACCGGCACGGCAGGAAGA